AAAGCCAUCUUGCCUGAACCACGCAUGAUCAGUAGCAUGAUCGGAUCUUCUGUGGAACGCAGCGCCACCUAGGUGUGCGUUCCACUGCUGGACGCAUGCUCCCACUCACUGCUGGUUAAAUUCCACAACUUAGAUUGCCUCUGUAACGGCAGGCUGAACCUUGCUCUGCUCACAGCCGGUGAGCACUGGGAGGAAGGACAACCCCCCCCCAGGCAGCAACUUGUCUGCCUCACUUCUGCUACCGUCUGUAGGUUUUAACACUUUCUUAAGGGUUUUUGUUUUUUUAGGCUACUUGUCCCCUUAAGAAGAGUGCACCCUAGUGUACUGCCACUAGAUGUAAAGAAAGAAAAAAAAAAAAAAGGGACUGAUAUUCUGCAAAACUUCCAGGACUGGACUACUGAGGACUGGGAUAAAAAGAAUUAGAAGAAUAUUGGGAUCAAUCUAUUGGGAGAGAAAUAUGGAAAGCAGUUUACUGUUGACCGAGCACACCCAAAAGAACUUAGUCGACACUACAUUGAUAAUCCUCAGUUAGCAGUUUUUUCUGUCUCUUGAACACUGAACGGCUGUUUCCAGAUCACAUAACUGUUUAUGUGGUUCCACUGAGUAGUAUUUCAGUCCUAGAGUCCAGUCCAUUAUUUUUCUUUAUUUUGUGAGGAGAAAGAAAAAGAAAUUGUCAAGAUGGUUCUGGAUGAGUAUUUGUGGAUGGUUAUUGUGGGGUUCAUCAUUGCUUUCAUCUUGGCGUUCUCAGUAGGUGCAAAUGAUGUGGCCAACUCGUUUGGCACUGCUGUUGGAUCUGGUGUGGUGACAUUACGGCAAGCUUGCAUAUUGGCUUCCAUUUUUGAAACGGCUGGAUCAGUGUUAUUGGGUGCAAAAGUUGGAGAAACUAUCCGGAAGGGUAUUAUUGAUGUUAAUCUCUACAACAACACAGUCGACUUGUUGAUGGCAGGAGAAGUCAGCGCAAUGGUUGGUUCUGCUGCUUGGCAGCUGAUUGCAUCUUUCUUAAAACUCCCUAUUUCCGGAACACAUUGCAUUGUCGGCUCCACUAUUGGUUUCUCCCUAGUGGCCAUUGGUACACAUGGUGUUCAGUGGAUGCAGCUUAUCAAGAUUGUGGCCUCUUGGUUCAUCUCACCACUGCUGUCUGGACUGAUGUCUGGGGGUUUGUUUUUGCUGAUCAAGAUUUUCAUACUGAAUAAGGAGGAUCCAGUACCGAAUGGACUUCGCGCUCUUCCAGUAUUUUAUGCUGCUACCAUAGGAAUUAAUGUUUUCUCCAUAUUAUUCACAGGGGCCCCAUUAUUAGGGUUGCAUACUUUUCCAGUGUGGGGCACCGCACUCCUGUCAACUGGCAUUGCCAUUGUAUUUGGAUUAGUAGUGUGGUUUCUUGUGUGUCCCUGGAUGAGGAAGAAGAUUGCAAGUCGAUUGAAGAAGGAAGGAGCAUUGUCGGGCAUAUCAGAGGAAAGCCUUGAUAAGAUUCUGGAGGAUGAUGCUCCUGUCUUCAAAGAACUGCCUGGUGCAAAGGGGAAUGAUGAAAGUGCAGUGCCCCUCACUAGUUCUAAUACAGAGGCUGCUAUUGAGUCUGAUCUUGUAGCAAAUAGAAAUACUAGAAUAUCUUAUGGAAGAGCCGCUUCUAUGACAAAUGGAUCGAUUAGAUCUCCUGUUUCAAAUGGUACAUUUAGUUUUGAUGGCCAUUGCAUGAAAAGUGAUGCUCACGUGUAUCACACUGUGCACAAGGACUCUGGACUUUACAAGGACCUGUUGCACAAAAUACAUCUCGACAGAGUAACAGACGACCGCCCUUCACAUGAAAAUAAUUAUCGAGUCCUAAGGCGUAACAACAGUUACACAUGCUACACUGCUGCUAUUUGUGGCAUGCCGGUACACUCUACCUUCAAAGCAUCAGAUCCUGCCACACCUGAGGACAGCGAAAAGCUAGUGGGAGACACUGUGUCCUACUCUAAAAAACGCAUACGUUACGAUAGCUACUCAAGCUACUGCAAUGCAGUGGCAGAAGCAGAAAUAGAGGCAGAGGAAGGUGGUGUGGAGAUGAAGCUUGCUACAGAAAUGUGUGAUCCAAACCAACUACCCGAUGAUUUAUUAGAGGAAGACAAAGAAGAAAAGGACAAGUCGGAAGUCCACCUCCUCUUCCACUUCCUACAGAUUCUCACAGCCUGCUUUGGGUCCUUUGCACAUGGCGGAAAUGAUGUCAGCAAUGCUAUUGGUCCACUGGUUGCUCUGUGGCUGAUUUACCAGCAAGGCGGGGUGAUGCAGGAGGCCUCAACACCUGUGUGGUUGCUGUUAUAUGGAGGAGUGGGCAUCUGUGCUGGUUUGUGGGUGUGGGGUCGGCGUGUAAUCCAGACAAUGGGAAAAGAUCUUACCCCUAUUACACCAUCCAGUGGAUUCACUAUUGAGUUGGCUUCGGCGUUCACAGUUGUGGUAGCUUCCAAUAUUGGACUUCCUAUCAGUACCACACACUGCAAGGUUGGAUCAGUGGUGGCUGUCGGUUGGAUUCGAUCACGUAAAGCUGUCGACUGGCGUUUAUUCCGCAACAUCUUCCUAGCAUGGUUUGUGACAGUCCCUGUUGCCGGACUGUUCAGCGCAGGAGUCAUGGCCAUUUUCCAAUAUGGCAUUCUCCCCUAUGUGUGACUGUUCCUCCUCUAACUGCAAAGUAAUAAUAAUAAAAAAAGCCUAUUUUAAUGUUAAUGCAAAUUGGAAACCAUCUUAUGCUACAGCAACAUACCAGGCUGCCUGCUUAAUCAUCUCAGAAGGAAAAAGACAGAUCUUUCUGCUUGUAUCAAAGCAUCAUAUUGUUGGUGUUGUAACUGCUGCAUAUAAUGUAUGUCAAACUGGUGAGAUGUGUCUCAAGACAAAUAUUUAAACAAAAAUAUAAUGUAAUGUACGUAUAGUUGAUAACACUACAAGAAUAUAAUUUGGGAUGGGAGUAGUUGCAUAUACUUUUGGGGUUUUUUUACCUAGAAAAGAGUUGUAUAUAAUGUAUUUUUUGAGGUUUUUAAUCCAUAAAACUAAUAUGAAUUUGAAUAUAUGCAUUUUACCUGGUAUAGAUGAUGAGCAUGGUACAGAACAUAUAAAUUAGUUCAUCAAAUUUUCUACAGAAAGUUUAGCUCUAUGAUAAAUAGUUAAAUAGAAUAUUGGAACAAACAGAUUUAAACAAGAAAUACUGUGCAUAAUUCAUUUUUAUGAAAAUGUGCACAACCUUACUUGAUUUAUAUUGUAUAAUACUUUAUUUCUAAUUGUAAAUUUGUACAAGCAAAUUUUUAGUUACAUUUCCUUGGAUAGUUUUCAAUAAGACAGUAAAGGAAGUACCAAAGACAAUGUCAGGUUGGCUUGUCAGUAUUAAAAUUAAUUUUCAUUUUGGUUGUAUGUCACGAGUUAACCAAUUUGAUAUUGGUCAGGGCAACCAAUGUAUGGCCAAAACCAAACAAUUUGCAUAAAGCUGUUUCAGGAAAAGCAGAAAAUUGAGUCUCACUACUAACUCACAUCACUUUAGUCUGCACAUUUAUCAUAAAGAAUGUUCUGAUUUUUUACCGGUAUGAAGGCAGUUUUGUUACAUAAUCACUGGAAAGCUAUAGCAAUACACUUUAUAUUUUAUUAAGGGGUUAGUUGUUGAAGGAUGUAUUUAGAACAAAACCACGCAUGUCCGGUCAGCUCGUUUAUACCCCCCCCACACACACAUGGUACUUAGAUCUUACUGUUGCUAACAAUAAACUCUAUUUAUGUUCAGUAAUUCGUUUUAGGCUUCCUUAAGUGUAAUAUAUCAAUAUUUAAUGGGAUUAAAUGCUAUAUGCAGAUCUUAUAUGACAAAAGCUAUGGUAGACCCCUGCCAAUAUGUGUGCGUGUGUAAUAUAUUACAGAUCGGCAAAGAGUAUGGUAAAAAAAAAAAAAAUCUAAUUGGAUUAAGAAAAAGUUAUAUUGAUGCUGCCAUUUUACUUAUUUGUCACAAGGGUGUCUACCACUUUGUGUUUGCUUGGGCAUCCUAAAUUAAAAUGCUGCGAUUUUC